AUGUUAAUUAGUUUAAUCAGACGAUCUUUUUCUCGUCUGACUCAUUCUCGUUAUUUUUCGAAUUUAAUCAAUGAAAAAGAUAUAAACGAGGAAAAUAUUCACUGUUCUAUAGCUGAUCCAUCGAUACCAUUACCUCUAAUUAUUCCAACAUCAGGUGUACCUAUUCAUCUUUAUACACGUGAACUUGAACCUCAAGCAUUAAAACAAUUAGUUGUUUUAGCUGAAAGUGGUAUUGUGAAAGGAUUUGUUGCUGCUAUGGCAGACGUACAUGUUGGUGUUGGUGCAACGAUUGGAACUGUCUUUGCUUCUACAACUCAUGUAAGUCCAUAUGCUGUUGGUGCUGACAUUGGAUGUGGAAUGAUUGCUGCACCAAUUCAUGGUUUAACAUUAAACAAAUUGAAAGAAACUUGGAAAAAAGAAAUUCAACAAAAAAUUAAAAUUGCAAUACCAACGGGACAUGAUGCAAGAAUAAAAGCACAUAGAAAAACUGAUAAUAUUAUUCGUAAUUUAGGUGCAUGUACAAAUUAUUUAAAAAGUCAAAUAUCUGAUAUAACAAAAAAACAAUUAGGUACAUUGGGUUCAGGAAAUCAUUUUCUUGAAAUACUCUACGAUGAAAAUGAACAAAUUUGGAUAAUGUUACAUAGUGGUUCACGUCGAAUUGGAAAAGAAACAUGUGACUAUUAUCAUGGUAUUGCUGGUGAUCAAAUGUCUAAACAUCGUUUACCAAUUAUUAAUGAAUUAAAAUAUUUAGAAAUUGAUUCAUCGGAAGGUCAAAAUUACUUAAUUGAUAUGCGAUGGUGUUUAAAUUAUGCUGAACAAAAUCGACGAAUUAUGUUAGAUGAACUUUGUUCGAUUAUUAAAUCAGUAACUGGAUUUGAAACUGAUCUUAAACGGAUGGUUAAUAUUCAUCAUAACUAUUGUCAACAGGAAAAUGUUUGUUUUAAUAAUUCAGAAGAAGAAUUCGUUUGGGUUACAAGAAAAGGUGCAACAAGUGCACGAAAAGGACAAUUAGGAAUAAUUCCUGGUUCAAUGGGUACUGGUUCAUUUAUUGUUGAAGGUUUAGGAAAUUCUUUAUCAUUUUAUUCUUGUUCACAUGGUGCUGGAAGAUUAAUGUCAAGAACAAUGGCAAUGAAACAAAUUUCUCAACAAUCUUUUGAACAAGCUAUGAAAGGUAUUGUGAGUGAUACUAAUGCAGCAUUGAGAGAUGAAGCACCACAAGCAUAUAAAGAUUUGACAACAGUGAUGAAUAAUCAAGAGUCAUUGGUAAAAAUUGUUCAUCGUCUUAAACCACUUAUAAAUGUCAAAGGAAUGUCAGAAAGAAAUAUUCGUUAUUCAAAAAAAUCAAAAAAGAAAAACUAA